AUGUUUUGUUCAGUUUGCCGUCGACGUCGCGUAGAUUUAUUAGAAUCUGGACUCCUCUUGACCGCAGGCCGCUUGCAUGGCUUCGUCACGCAUCUUAUGUCCGAAGGCAAAGAGAGAGCCCGCCCCAACAUGUUCGCCAAGGUCCACUACAUGAACCACACUGGCGAGAGGCCCCACACGUGUGACAUUUGCGGCAAGGGCUUCAGGAUGCGGUGGCGUGUCGCCCUGCACCGAAGGAUUCACACCGGCGAGAAGCCCUAUGCGUGCCCCGUUUGCGGUUUUCGUGCCAACAGGAAAGAUAACAUGUACGGACACAUGAGGAGGCGGCACGGCGGCGUUUUCCCCAUCCUCGACGCCAGUGGAAAGAACAGAAAGCCCGCAACGGGACCAAAGAUGCGCCGCACUUGGAAGCGAAAGUCGAGGCGAAUGCCAAAGAAGCAGGCGAAAGAACUCAGUCAGGACCUGAAGCCCCUAGCUUCAGAACGAGAUGCAUUCAGUUCCCAGAACGACGAACCACUCCAAAACUCCCAGUUGGUAUUCCAGCAGUCCGCAUACGUCUUGGAGCAGCCUCAUCCGGCUUUUCCAGACACCCCUUCCCUGCAGAGUCUGUCUAGGUAA